AUGACCAAAUCAACAAAACUUCGACACUGUAAACAAAAAAAGAAGAAGCCGGAGAAGGCGGAAAAGAAUAAGCCACCAAUACUAGUAACUGAAAGAGCAUCUUCUGAUGAUGUGGCUACCACGUCAUCUACUACUGAUGGACUUAUUGGAUCAACCGAUGGAGAAGCAUAUGGAGGAGCAUCUCGGAGUAAAUCUCGAACUCGUAAACUCGGAGGAUUGUGCUGUUGCACCGCUCAGACUGCCACUUUAUCCCCACUUGAUCCCAUUGAUUAUGGUGGGAUUGCUUCAACAAGCGCCAACAACGGCAUGGUUGGUGGUCUAUCCCGUGACAGUCGAGCAGCGUCACGAACUUCGAGAAGAGGAUCAUCAAGAAGUCAGGCUAAACAACCAAUCGAUCCAGAUGAACCAUCGACAAGUGGAACUGCUGAACGGAGACCUUCUACACAUUUUAUGCUUGAUUUGCCAGUGGUUUCGACAAGAUGUGAGUAUUUUUAUUCUGAUUUUAAAACAUUUCUAAAAAAAACUGAUGAUGUUCUGAUGGUUUAUGAUCAAUUCUGUACCCACGUCCUUUUCCUAAAAAUAGUGAUAAUCUGUGUUAGUCAUAGUUCAUAA